AUGCCUUUCAACCUCAGGCUGAAGAACUACAUGGUUUUUGCUUCAAUCUUCAAACUGAACAAAGGAGAACGGCGGUUUAUCCGCUGGCGGGAUUUCACCAGAGCCAUGGACCAUGUGGGUUUCGACUACUGUAAGGAGCCCGGGACAAUGAGGGUCUUCAAGUCGCGUAGUUUGGAACUCAAGUCCAGCCUUCACUGGCGCGAGCCUAAGGACGGCGUUUUAACCCCCCGCGAUCAAAAGGACUUGGCUGCCAAAAUGACCGAACGGCUCGCCUGGAAGGCCGCUUCCUUCAAGUUGCAGAACUAA